CCCCCUCAAACCCAACACCCUGAUCAGCAGCCAACUUACAUCGACACCGUCCGUGCAGGGCUCAGUAGCAGCACAAAAUGGCAGAGCAGCUCAGGCAGAGGGUGAUCGUCUUUACACUCGUUGUUGUCGCGUGUCUCGUCCUCGCGACGACGACGAAGGUGGCCGACGCGAGGAUGCUUAAGCGGAUGGAGAGAGACGGGGACGCGGUGGUGGAGUCGCCGGCGGUCGAUUUGGAGGCGAUGGACGGGAGCACGGAGGGCGCCGGCGACGGUGGCCUGCAGUGGCUCAAGUCCGUCAGCCUCGACAUGCUCGGCGGGAUCAAGGACUCCGGCCCGAGCCCCGGCGCCGGGCACUAGACGCCGGCGGUGGCAGGGGUUUUGGGAUCCGUCAGCGAUGGAGCAUGCGUGCACGGCUGAAUUGAGGAAAAAGCCUCUGGUCCUGUUUUAGUUCACACCAAACUUUUCUCAGACUUUCAAUUUUCCAUCACAUCACAUCAUACCUAAAACUUUCCUACACACAUAAACUUUUAACUUUUUUUCUAACCUACCAUUUUUUUCUAAACUUCUUCCCAAUUUCAGGAACUAAGCACAAACUCUGUUUUUCAUGCCCCUUUGCUCUGUACUAUUACAUUUGUUCUUUUGUGAUGUGUAUUUGGGUUAUACUCCUACUAGGUUAUAUGAUGACGUAGUGAACAUGUACAUGUAUAGCCAUAGUAUGUCUUUUUUUUUCACAGGAAUGAAUAGAUAAGCACAUGUGAGAUGUACUAUGUGCAAAUAGAACAUAUGCUUACAAACAGUGGCGGUAAUUGUUACUUCUACUGUUCAACAUGAUCCUUUUGUCUCCA